CACAACUCGUUCGGAAUAACAAAGUGACCAUUGACCGCACUAGCGCGGGAGUUACCAUACACCUUAUUGCAAAUGUAUAUUUCAUAAAAAUUUUAAACGUCAUUUGAACAUUUAUUUUACAUGGACAAGCGUUAAACGUAGCUUAUACCGUACGUAAUGGGUGAUAUUCGAGCCGGCAUUGAAGAUCUUAAACUAGACGGCACACUUUUUGCAAAAGUCAAAUACUAUGUCAGCGGGGAAGGCGAUCCAAAGAUCCUCAAUUUCCUACAAGAUGGAGGAGCAGAACGGUCAAAUUAUUUCAGUGAUUAUGUUACUCACCUUAUUGCUGGAAAUGAAGCACUGGAAAAUGAUAUUUCUGUAGCAAAAGAUCUUUAUGAAGUUCCAGCUGUCACACAAGAUUGGAUAAUAUAUUCUGUAAAAUGCAAGAAACUACUUCCAACACACUAUUUUUCUCCAGAAGAAAAUCAGUUGUUUUCCAAUGUAAAAGUAUGUAUUUCUCAAGUAAGUCGAGCUGAUAGUAAAGCUUUAUGGGGCAUGAUAACUUUACAAGGAGGCAAAUGCCAAUUACGCUUAGAUAGCUCUUGCACUCAUCUUAUAGUUACUAAAACUAGUGGGACCAAAUAUGAAACAGCUUCAAGACACCAGAUGCGUAUUGUAACUCCUGACUGGGUUAUAGAAUGUAUCAAGAAAGGAAAUAUUGUAGAUGAAUCAGAAUAUCAUCCUAAAUUGUUAGCCUAUCCAUCACCUAAUAGUUCAACAGCUCUGAUUACAGGAUUUAUGGAUGAAAAUAUUGAAAAUAGUAAUUCUCAAGAAAAACAAGAUCGUACAAAAGCUAUGCUGGAGCAAUUGAAACAAAGAAUGCCAUGGAACCAAUCCAAGCCUCAACCAAUAACAUCCCAAUCUGUUUUGCUAAGUCAAAAUAUAGUGGCAACUUCAUCUGCAUUUCUUUCUACAAAUACCCAAAGCAUGACUCAUGUAAAUGUUUCAGAACAAAGUGUACAGCAGCAAUCACAACAGCAGUCAUUAAUACAAAAUCAAAUGCCGCAGCAAGCACAAUCACAACAAUCACAAAGCCAACAACAGCAGCUUCAUUCUCAGCAACAAAUACAUCAACAGCAGCUUCAAGCACAACAGAUUCAACAUCAGCAGCUUCAAACACAGCAACAGGUGCAGCAACAACAGCUCCAAACACAGCAACAGCUCCAAACACAGCAACAAGUGCAACGGCAGUUCCAAACACAGCAACAGAUGCAGCAACAGCAGCAGCUUCAAACACAACAAUUAGUACAACAACAACAACUUCAAACGCAGAAACAGGUACAGCAACAGCAGAUCCAAAUUCAACAACAGAUACAGCAGCAACCCCAGACACAGCAACAACAGCAGCUUCAAACACAGCAGCAACAGCAACAAAUACAGCAACUUCAAACGCAGCAACAGCAGCAAAUUUCAACACAACAACAAUCACUACAAACUAUAUCACAGCAACAGCCUUUGCAACAACAAUCUUUACAACAACAAUUACAACAACAGCAAAAUCAACAGCAACAUUUCCAAUGGCCAUCUGCUUCAACAAGUGCAGCUGCUUCACCAACUACAUCCAUUCCUUCUACUCCAAAUACCAUACAACAAAGUGGGUGGAAUUCACCUGGAAAUCAAACUCCAAAUAUGUUAGCUAUGAAAUCCCCAUCACAGCAACAAGAAAUUACAACAUCACAGUCAAUGAAUUCCCAAAAUUUACAUCAAUCUCAACAGUUACUAAAUCAACAAGAGUUACUUCAAAUGUCACAGCAAUCACAAUUGAAUCAACAAGCCAUUGGUCCGCAAGGAAUAGUUCCUCAACAACAGCAACAGAUGAAUACCCAAUUGUUGCAGCAUCAAAUAUCCUCACAGCAACAACUUAAUACUCCACAACAAAUUAAUAAUCAACAGCAAUUGACCACACAAGCUCAAUUGAACACACAACCACAACUGUCAUCCCCACAAUUAGUGUCUCAACAGCCAAUUGUUCAGCAACAGCAACAACAGCAGCAGCUGAUAGCGCAACAACAGAUGAUUUCCCAACCGCAAAUGAUAUCUCAACAACAAAUGCAGCCUCAACAAAUUUUGUCUCAACAACCAAUGAUAUCACAGCAACAAAUGAUUCCGCAACAGCAAAUCGCUCCACAACAGCAGAUGACUCCACAACAGCAAAUAGUUCCGCAACAGCAAAUGACUGCUCAACAACAAAUAUUACAGCAACACAUUGGACAACAGCAACAAAUUGUCCAACAGCAAAUAUUACCUCAACAACAAAUGGCAUCACAACAACAAUUAGGGACACAGCAACAAAUGAUACCUCAACAAUUGCCCUCACAGCAACUUGUGCUUCAGCAGAAACAGCAAUUAUUAUCGCAGCAAGUAAAUCUAAAUCAGCAAUCACAACAAUUAGGUAUGCAACAGCAACAGUCUCCAGUUCAAAAACAACCACAGUUGACGCCAGAGCAAAUGCUUUUGAUACAAAAACAACAACAAAUUCAGCAAAUUUCACAGCAGUUACAGCAGUCAGCACCUCAAAGUUCUCAACAGUUUGUUAUUCGUGAAGGUCAGCUACAACAGUCACCUACGCAAAUCAUAAAUCCAAAUCAGCAAAGUUUUAUGGUUCAAAGAGGACCACAAUGGCAACAACAACAAUAUCAAAUGCAGCUGAGACAGCAGCAACAGCAACAGCAGCAGCAACAAUUAGUUGGACAACCAAGGCCAGGCGUCCAGUGGGCACAGCAACCUCCUCAAGCUCCGAGACAUUUAAUUCAAUUAGAUGAACAGACUCACCAACAGUUACAACAAUUAGAUCCCCAGCAACGAGCACAGUUUAUACAGAAAAUACAAAAACAAAAAAUUCUAUUCCAGCGUCAUAUUCAACGUCAAACACAACAGCCAGGAGUUCCAGGACCACAGAUUCUCAUACGAAAUCCUGGAAAACCUGGUCAACCUGGAGGUAUUCAAUGGGUUUCGCAGCCUAGACCUCAGUUAAUAAAUCCUCAGGUCGCCGGUGCAGUAGCUCAAAAACCUGCUCAGAUACACCAAAUUGUUCAACCUCCUGCUUUAGCACCUAUAAACUCGGGCAACCAAGUAGUUGUUCAAGCUGGACAAGCGGUACAAAGUUCAACAGUAGUUCAAGCCCAACAGUUCCAGCAAGGACAACCAUUGACUCAACAACAACUUGCGCAACUACAGCUACAAAAGCAACAAAUGGCACGCAUGCAGUUGCAGCAAAUGCAACAACAGCAACAGCAGCAACAACAGCAGCAACAGCAACAACUUAUCCAGCAAGAUCCAUCACUCACAGCUAUACCUAGUAACCCUCAAAUACCAGCAGAUCAGCAAUUAGUCGUAAACGCCAAAACGAAAACAGCGUUGGCGAAUAUGUUAACGAAUAGAUUACAAAGUGGAACUGCAGAAGGAAGUGCAGCCAGUCAAUUACGACUGAUGACUGCUCAACAUAGGCCACCUCCGCCACCUUCGCAAGAUCCUCAACUUUUAGCUGCAUAUCAAAGAAGAACGCUGGGAAACAUCACGAAUGGGGCACCUCCAGGAGGACCGGUUAAGUUACAAGGUCCACCAAAUGCCGUACCACAACCAAAAGCUCAAUUUUAUGGUCACAAUCCUAACUUGAAACUUCCGCCCGACUUAUUCUUACUUGGUUGUAUUUUCGUAAUCGUCGAAUACGACGAGCGCAGCCCCGAAGAAGUAGCUAUAUGGAAGCAAGUGGUUGAGAAACACGGAGGUGAGAUAGAACCUCAGUAUUGCCCAAGAGCGACACAUGUCCUGGCAAUCACGCAAAAGCAUCCGAUUGUCGUCCAGGCACUGCGAGAAAACAAACGUUGCGUGAGUGCCCACUGGCUAUCUGAUGUAGUUAACAAGCAACAAGUACUUCCGCCAUGGCACGCUCUCCAUUUUCCUACGCCUUUUAGUUUGACUGAUCAACCCUGUGGCAAGCAUAUCAUAUCAAUAUCAGGAUUCGAAGGGGAAGAGCGUGCAAAAGUAAAGUUUAUGUUGGAAGCUAUUGGCGCCAAAUUUACAAAAUACUUUUCUCGACAUAAUACGGUACUGGUUUGUAGGAGACCUGAUGGUCCAAAAUAUAAAAGAGCGCGAGAAUGGUUAAUAAGCGUGGUUAAUGCCCAAUGGCUAACCGAUUUACUAUGUGGUCAAAUGACUGCACUUCAUCAAAUUGAUGCACCAAAGUAUCAGCAAUUUAGUUUAGGAAAUCCAUUUAGAUUAGAUUAUUCACUUGUUCCUCAUCUAAUGGCUGCGUGGAAAAUGCCCAUAAAUGUUACGCAAGAAUCUUAUGAUAAAGUAAAACAAGUUAGUCAAGGGCCGAAUGCCAUAAGAAAGUAUAAGAAGCCAAAAUUAGAUGGACCAACAGUGAAUAAAGACCCGCACUUGCUAGGUCUCGAUGAACCGAUUGUAAUAAGUAAUCCUAAUCCUCCAACUCCUGAUAAACAACCGAGAAUUUUGUUUUCUGGUAUUAAUCCUAAAAAACAUGCCAAGCGUAUACGAGAAUUAGGAGGUGCACUUGCUGCAAGCUGGAGAGAUGCUACGCAUUUAAUUAUGAAUUCUCCAUUACGAACGGUAAAAUUUCUGUGCUGCCUAUCUAGAUGUAAAUAUAUCGUAAGUCUUCAGUGGCUUCUUGACUGCUCAACAAACAAUACAUUUGUCGACGAAACUUUAUAUGUACUAAGUGAUCCUGAAUUCGAAAAAAAUUUCAACUGCAAUAUUGAAAAAGCAUUGGCUUGUCCUAACAGAGACACUUUACUCAAGGGUAAGACGUUUUACGUGACACCUAGUGUAAUACCAUCUCCGUCGGCUAUGGCUGAAAUUAUAGAAAGUGCUGGUGGUAUAACAGAAAAAACGAGACGAUCACUUGCACAAAUCCAAGAAAUGAACAACGGAAAAUUAGACUAUAUCAUUAUAACGAUAGAGAGCGAUUUGCAUCUCCUUAGCGAUAUCCUUCGAGCAGAAAUUAGUGUCUUCAGUGCGGAAAUUGUUUUAGGGGCAAUUGCAAAACAACGUUUCCAACCCGAUACGACUCAAACCUCGUAGGUUGUAUGUAUUUUUCAAGAGUAAAAGCUUAUAUAUUUUAUAUUUAGUCGUGAUAUAUAAAUUAUAUGAAAAGAUAUGGAUAUAAAGUCAAAUUAAUUUAGAUAUGCUGCAUUAAUGGGACAAUAAAAUAAAUCUAGUUUU